AUGGCAAAGAAUAUGACUUGUUCAAAUUCAAAUGAUGAUCAUUUAUGUAAUAUUCAAUCAUCAUUUUCAACUAAUACUAUUAGCGAUAAUAGUGAUUAUUUAUUCAGUAAACUUGAUGUUAAAUCAUAUGGUACAAUAACUUUUCCUCAAAAUAACUGUAAUCAAGCUAAUUUUAUUCGAAUAUCGCCGGAUGUCUGUCCUAUACAAGUCAGAGAAUUAUUUAUUGGACAGAAUUAUGAUACACGUCCAUCACUUGUUAUAUCGAUAAUGGGCAGUGCGAAAGAAAGUUCUCUGAGAUCAAAAUUAUUUCGAAUAUUUCGUGAAGGUCUUCUUCAAGUAGCUCAAACUACCAAUAUUUGGGUAAUUACUGCUGGACUGAAUUCAAGAGUAACAAGAUUUUUUGGUGAAAUAAUUCGAACAAAUUCAGAUCCAUCUCGACCCAUAUAUUUAAUUGGUAUUACUUCUUGGGGAUGUAUAUCAAAUGUCUCACAACUUGAUGUUCACGAUACAAAUGUUAUUUAUUCAAAAUUAAAAAGUGAUGAAAAAGAGGCAACACCACUUGAAGCAAAUCAUACACAUUUUAUUUUUAUUGAUGAUAAAACGAAAUAUAAACAUGGAUGUGCAAUUAAAUUUCGUGCUCGAUUUGAAAGAGCAAUUUCAGGUGAAGGUUUUUCAUUACAAACUAUGACAAAUAAUAAUCAAAUAAAAGAUAAAUCAAUAAGAUCAUAUUCACAAUCAAAGCAACCAGAUAAUAUGCCUGUUGUUGUUGUUGUUAUCGAAGGCUGUGCAGAUGCGAUUAAAAAAGUUUAUCAAAGUGCUGUUAAAGAUAGAAUUCCUGUUGUUCUUGUUGAAGGUACAGGUGGAUGUUGUGAUUUAUUUGCUAAAUGUUAUCAUUUGUAUAAUGAAUACAAGUCAAAAAUGGAAUCAUGUGCUCAAACAAAUGAAAAUUCAUCAUCAUUAAUAGAACAAAAUGAACAAAUAAAAAAUAAAAUUCGUGAAGCAUUACAAAUAGUUAAUCAUGAAAUGGCUGAAACUUCAUGUACAAAUGCACCAGAUGAAGGAUUAGAUUUUUUUGAAUUAAUAUAUGAAUGUGUUGAAACACGAAAUAUAUUUUUAAAUUUUAUUGAUUUCAAAGUACAUGAUCUUAGUGGUGAGGAUGUUAAUUUCUCUAUUUUACAAGCUCUUCUUAAAGUUACUAGUGGAAAUGAUUCCUGUAAAACAAAACCAGAAGAAAAGCGUGAACAAUUAAAUUUAGCAUAUGAAUGGAAACAAAUUGAUAUUAUUAAAAAUUCUAUUAUGAAAGAUGAACGAGAUUGGAAAAAAAUUGAAUUAAAUGAUUUAUUUUUCAAAGCACUGAUAGAAAAUCAAGCAAAUUUUGUCGAAUUAUAUCUUGAUCAUGAUUUUCCAUUACAUGAUUUAUUUGAAAAUAAAAAUCAAAUUUUAGAUCUUUAUAAAAUCGAAAAUAUUCAUUUUAAAAAUGAAUUAAAUAGUCCUUUAAGAUCAAUUUAUAGCGAAAUAAUUCAACCAUUUAUUGAUAAUCAUUCUCUAAUUGAUGCUGAUUGUAAUCCAGAUAAUUUAGCAACAAAUUCUAAAAAUGAUUCAUCAUCAAUAAUAAGUGAAAUUGAUAUUGAUAAAGAACUUUUUCUUUGGUCAGUUGUAACUGGUAGACAUGAAUUAGCUUUCCUUUUUUGGACUCGUGGAAGAAAUAAAAUUUGUGCUGCUUUCAUUGCAAUAUUAAUUUAUAAAAGUAAAGCAAAAAAAGAAAAAAAUCUUAAAUAUUAUGAAUGGGCCGAUCAAUUGGAAUAUUUUGCUGUAGAAAUACUUGAAAAAUUUUAUUCAACAAAUCCUUUGAAAUGUAAACAAGCUAUUGUUAGAGCAGUACCCGAAUUUGAUAAUGUUACUUGGUUACAAUUAGCUGUUUUGGCUGAAUCAAAAUCAUUUAUUGCUAAAAAAGGAGCACAGGCUGUACUUAAAGAUAUAUGGUAUGGUCGAAUUGACCAUCACGUUGGACAUUCGUUAAUAAUAUUUUCAAGUUUUAUGCUUUGGUAUAGUGUUUUUCUUCCUUAUUAUGAAGAAAACAAUACAUAUAAUCAACCUGAUGUAUGCCAAUAUUCUCAUCUGAUCUUUUUAAUAUUAUUUUCAUACGUAAUAUUAUAUGCUUAUUUUCCACGAUAUGAAUUUCAAUCUGAUCGAUGUUUUUUAAACGAAGAAGAACAUAAUAAUAGUGAAAAAAAAUCUAUUUCAAAUUUAACAAAUAUUAAUAUGACUGUAAAUGUAAAUUCUUCAUCAAAAUCUAAUCUUCAAUCUCAUUAUGGGCCGUCAGCAAGUGAAUUAAUACUUAUAUUAUGGGUUUUUACUUUAUUUUGUGAAGAAAUUCGACAAAUAAGAGCGAAUAAAGUUCAGUCACUGUAUAAGAAGAUCAAAAAAUAUUUUUCUAUAUUUUGGAAUAAAUUAGAUGCAUUAGCUAUAAUUCUAUUUAUUCUUGGUUGUAUUCUUCGAUUUUUACCAAUAAAUCAAUGUUUUUGUUAUGCACGGAUAGUAUUAGCUAUUGAUUUAUGUCUUUGGUAUAUUCGAACACUUGAUAUAUUUUCAGCUAUAAAAAGACUUGGUCCUAAACUUGUUAUGAUUGGAGAAAUGAUUCAUGAUCUUAAAUUUUUUAUGUUAAUGCUUACUGUAUUUAUAUUAGCAUUUGGUGUACCAGCUUAUAGUUUAUUAGAUGAUGUUGAGAAACAUACUUGGCAUUUACCACGUUAUAUAAUCAAUUUUGCUUAUUGGCAAAUAUUCGGUGAAUUACAAGAAAUUGAUCAAAUUGAAAAAAAUUAUGAAUUAAGUGGUUAUAUUAUUUUUUUCUUAUUAGUUGCAUAUAUGACUGUUGCAAAUAUUCUUUUAAUUAAUCUUCUUAUAGCAAUGUUUAGUAAUACAUUUGAUCGUUUACAUUCGGAUACAAAUUGCAUAUGGAAAUUUCAACAAUAUUCAUUAGUAUGUUAUGAAUUAAAACGUCCAUUAUUACCACCACCAUUGAUUAUCAUAUCACAUAUUUGGCGUAUAAUAAUUUAUAUAUUUUCACAUAUUAUUAAAAUAAAUUGGUUUUAUAUGAAAUAUAUUGAAGAAAAAAGUCAAGCUAAAAAAAUAAAGGCAAAUAAAAUAUUAACAAAACAAAUUGAAGAAAUUGAAGAUGCAUUAGGACAUGAAAUUUAUUUUUUUUCUUUAAAAAAUAAUCAAGAACAAAUUGGUUCUAAUGAAGAACGAAUAUAUUCACCACAAGAAAUUUCAUCAAAUAAAAUAAAAACACUUGAAAAUCAAAUUCAAAUAAUACAAAAUCAACAAAGUAAUAUGUUUCAAUAUUUGGAAUCUCUAAUGAAUGGAAUUAAAAAAAUUGGUGGGAAUGAUAUUGAAAAGCCAAAAUGA